AAUGUAACUUUUGCAGCAAAAAUGUAACAUUUCAGGAAACAAAACGUAACUUACGACUCAAGGGCCCUGGCAACACUGCUAUCAGGUCUAUGUUUCGAAGUUUCAAGUGAGGUUAUUAAAUUAUACCAAUACAAUUUAAUUACAACAAAUCAAUACUAACAUUAUGAAAACUUUUCCCUGACAUUCAGAAAUAUCACUAGAAACGCGAACUUUAUCAAUGGCUGAAGUAUACAAAUUAAUACAUCCUGUAAAACACUUUAAUGAUUACAUAUCACUUAAUAUUCGCCCAGAUGGCCGGGCAUUUAAUGAGCAUCGUAAUAUUAAACUGAACGUUAAUUCAAUUAAAACAGCGGAGGCUUCAGCAGUGGUAAAAUGUGGUAAUACCACAGUAAUCUGCGGAAUUCAAUUGGAACUAGCUACACCAAAAGCAGAACAACCUGACAUAGGAUUCCUAGUAACAAAUGUAGAAUUGCCUCCAUUAUGUUCAUCUAAGAGCAAACCAGGGCCACCUUCAGACCAUGCCCAAGUGACAAGUAAAAUAGUAUCUGAUAUAUUAAUCAAUUCAAAAUGUAUUGAUUUAAAAGACUUGUGUAUUGUUCCUGAUAAACUUGCGUGGGUGUUGUAUUGCGACAUGGUCUGCAUAGAUAACGAUGGGAGCUUGGUUGAUGCUUGCAUAAUGACUUUAAUAACAAGUUUAAAAACAUUAUCUUUACCAUCAGUCACAUAUGAUGCUGAAACUGAGGAUAUCAAAGUGGAUCCUAGUGUAAGAAAAAAACUAAAUGUUUCUGGAACUCCUGUGGCCACUAGCUUUGCUGUGUACAAACAUAAUCAAAGUAACAUCAUUUUAGCUGAUCCUACUGCCUAUGAAGAAGAGAUGUGUGGAGGAAGUGGUGCAAGUUUAAUUGUGUGUUACAACAAUGGUUUAUUAUGUGGUACACAUAAAUUUGGUGGUAGUAACUUAUCAGCAGAUUGUCAAGAUGUAACCCUAAAAACUGCAAAAGAAAAAUCUGCUAUUGUAGAAAAUGUUAUAAAUGUUUGCAAACAAGACUAUGAAAGUAAUAAAUAACUAAGUUGGUUUUAUUCCAAACAAGUUUUUUAACA